UUUUUAUACUCAUUUUUCAAAUUUGGACCAGUUUAACCGUAUUUUAAGAAAACACGUCUGUUUCAUAAUAAAUUUUUUCCUAUAGUCUUAAAAGUGGUAAUUAACAACCGACGUUUCAUACAAAUUUCUUACUUGGACAUGGUUCCAUAAACUUGUUGUAUUUAAUGCAACUCCAGGUACUAUAACCUAAAUCAGACGCCGGUAUGGAGACUAAAAGUGAAAUAUUUUCGCAAAGACUAAUUCAUGCAGUUGUGUGGGAUAUUGCUUUGCAAUCAUUUCUUGCCAUUGUGUUAGUGUUUAUAAUUCAAAUUGACUUAAUUCAUCCACUGUCAUGGAUAACAUCUACAUUUCAAGAUAUUAUAAGUUGGAAGAUGGGACUUAACGUUAUUCUUCUUGGUUUGGUGUCAUUUUUUCAAGCAUUUAUUUAUGGGAAAUAUUACACGACUCCUAUGCCUAAAUAUUUUACUAGGUUUUCAAUGUUUCUAAAUAUCUUCACUUUGCAAAAUCUUAUAUUCACACUGCUUUAUGCAUUAAAUGGAUACUUUACGAUGAGCUUAUAUUCAUCAUUAGCUAAGAGUAACUACAAUGUAUUGAAGAAGAUUUGUGAAAAAAGUGAUGGCCAAUGUCUAAAUGAGCAGAGUUUGUUUUUACAGCUGGGUGGAAUGUGGAUGGGCUUAUACUAUUUCCUCAGUGCACACAUUUUUAACAAGACUGUUUUGACAUUCCCACAUAUAUAUCAGGACAAAUUUCAACAGAUGAAGUUAGUUAUAAGUAGUGUUGUUUCAAAGGGAUUCCAAAAUGCCAUGAAGCCCGUAGCUUAUUACUGUGUAUUUUAUUAUAUAUGGGGAAAUAAACCAAGAUCUGUUGUUUCUGAAGUGUACAGUGUUUAUUUAGAGGAUGCUGCACUGGAUAAUAUUAUAAAUAUGCUAAGUUCUGGUAUCUGGAUUGGCCUUUGGUUUUAUGCUAGCCUCUUUUUUGUGUCUGUUAAUACAAUGAGAACAGUGUUCAACAUAGUUUUGACAGAACCUAUAAAAUUUCCAAUUGAAUCUGAGAGAAGUUUGACAUUGUACGGAGCAUUAUCACAAAGAUCACAAUUUACUGCAUUUCUGGGAGCACAGUACUUAAGAAUUUUAGCUAUGACAGACCCUGUACGAAGAUCACAAAUUUUUACCUUGUCUCAACCAGGUGGACACCCUAGGAAUUGGAACAAUUUACUGGAAAAUUGUUUAACCAUAAUAAAAUCUUUUAAUAAGGAGUUGGAGAGCAUUAAUGGUGAAAAUAAUAUUACCGGGGUAAAUGAUUUGAGUAUCAAGAAACCAGUGAAUAUAUCUCCUAUAUCAUCACCUUAUGGAUUGUCUGGAACUUUACGUAACAUGGCACAGUCCCCACAAGCAAUGGAUAUUAAAAGUCUUAAUAAAGACAAAAAUGAGGACACAUUUGCAGCUGCAGUUAAAGAUGAGUUUAAUAAAUUCCUUCUAAAGCUGUGUCAAAAGCCAGGUAUCCAUUAUUUCUUUGGGGAGCUUAUUGACACUAAAUUAAAAUUCAUCCUGUUGCAAGCACCUCCUGUCAUGUGGACAUGUGAAGGAUUAGCCCAUAUUGUAGCUGUUUCUUUGAAAGAAGAUAAGUAUGGAGUUGUGCAGAAUGAUUUACCUAUUGUUUUGUCGGCACUGGUCAAUCUAAAACAAAGUUUGGACAAGUUGUCAAAGCCUGGGCUUGUCCCAAGGAAACAGAUACUCAAUGAUAAUUUAGCUAUAAGGACAAAGGCAGCUGUGCUGUCUUCAGUGAAACGCAGCAUUUAUAAAAUUGUCAUUACAUUUUCUAAAUACAUCCAUGAUAUACCUUUAGAUCAUGAUGUUCAAGUUGCUAUUCAACCAUUUUUAGCUUGUAAAGAACCAUAAUUGUGAUUUUACUGUAAUAUUAACAUUAAAUUAUAUUAUUUUUGAUACCAAAA